CGACAGAGUAGAUUUCAAUAUACUCAGUUCUCCAAUGUUUUGUAUUUCUUGGAAAUCGUUGAAAUCUCCAAACUCGCGAAUUGAGGGGCUUGAAGUCUCAAUUAGAUAAUUGUAUCACAGCUGGCGACAACUGAGUCGCCGACUGCGGCCAGCUGCGUCUUUAGUCACGCAGAAACCUCGUUUUCACAAGUCAACCGAAUACUUCAGACAUAUCACCGCUGUCAUCGCAGCUAUCAAGAACAAACCACACAUUCAACAGCUUCACAUUCAACACUGCCAGCAACUUCACAAGCAAACAGGGUCCCUCCAUCCCGCGUCACCAUGCAAUCCGAGAAUGACCAAAUAAUGGCGCAUAUCCAGGGCCUGGUAGCCGGCAGGGUCCUCUUAUCCCCCAUCUACGCGUUCCUGCUCUCGGACGUGCGUGUCAUUUCCGCUACCAAAGGCAGUAUGAAAGCGCGCCUCCAGCUUAUGCAGAAACAUAUGAACUCCGGAGGCGGGAUCCACGGCAGCACGUCAGCCACCAUUGUGGAUUGGGCGGGCGGCAUGGCCAUAGCAACCUGGGACCUGCGCGAGAAGACAGGUGUCUCGCUCGACAUUCACAUCACGUACGUUUCGUCCGCCAAGGAGGGAGACGAGGUUGAGAUUGAGGCCACGGUGGAUAAAGUUGGAGGUUCGGUGGCCUUCACCAAGGUUGUCAUUUCGAAGGUGGUAGAUGGGGUUGCAGGGCCGGUCGUGGCGAGUGGUUCACAUACCAAAUAUGUCAAGCAGAGACCUGCUUGAAUAGGUCGACCUGGAGGUGAUUCGAUCUAUACUGCCGAUACGGAGAGCUGCUUGGGAAGGCUUUGAGGCGGAUUGGCACUUCACAGUCAAUACAUGCUAGAGGUGCAAAACAUACAUCUAGACGCAUAGAUUUAUAGAAGUUUAUUGGUGAAACGACUGCCCGCAUGGCUGACAGAAGUCCUUACAGCACAUAUAAGUCAGGUGGGAUAAUUAAUCCAUUUCUCAAAAUUGACAUCCACGAG